AUGAUCACUGCAUGUUUCUUCGUUGUUACUUUUAUUCUAACAAUAUCUUUCAAUCCUUCAUAUUACACUAAUAAUUCAAAAAGUGUACUCAAUGCUGCAUUGAACUCAAAGGAUAAAUUAAGAUUAUCAACAAAAAUCAUUAAUCAUCUUGGCAUUUUUUCACAUAAGAUUAAUGAACAAUUAAAUUUUCAGCCAAAUACAUUAAAAUUUUUUACUUCGACGAUUUCGAAUUCAUUAUUAGAUGGUCAAAAUCAAAAUGAUAUACUUUGGAUUUAUGCUCAUAUAAAAUAUCCUCGAUCAUGUAUUGAUAAUAUUCAAUACAAAGAAAAUUUAAAAUUAAAAUUAAAAACUAGUUUUAUGAAAUUAUCAAAUUUUUUGACUAAAAUUGAAUUAGAUUCGUAUUAUGGUAAACAAAUUCAACUCGAUUGGUGUAAUUUAACAGAAAAUUCAACAACAAUAACAUUAGUAUCAUUAGUAUCGGUUAAAACUAAAAAUCAAAGUGCAACAGAAACAAUUAUAACAUUAGAUCAUAAUAUUUGUGGUAUGUCAGUCGAUUCUUUUUUUUUACUUAAACUUCAUUGA